AUGACUGAGAAUGAAGAUGAGGUUACAACGUUUUGUGACUCAACGGCAUCAUUGGUGGAAGGAUGCCGUCUCCCAGUUCGAAUGCAGGGCGGAGAUGACUGGCCACUAGCUGAAAUUAUUAGUAUGAAAGAAGUCAAUGGAAUGAGAGGAUACUAUGUCCACUAUGUUGACUUCAACAAAAGAUUAGAUGAGUGGGUCGAAGAAUCAUGGCUAGAUACAAGGAAAGUGCAAUUUCCCAGACGAGAUGGAGCACCAACAGGCGGUACAACAACACCUAAGAAGACACAUAUUGGAUCAGGAGGUGGCAUUAUGCCUAGUUUUCUUAAUGAUAAUGUCUGCACCGAACCCCCGAAGUCACAACCCACUAGAGAAUUGCACCAAAUUCCACCAAAAAUACCAGAAAAAAGUCAUACUAAUCAUGCACUCAAUGGUUCAUCACAAAAAUUUACUUCUGGUACAAUUUGUGAACCGCGCCAGCUCGUGUCAAGACCAGCGAGCCCAACUCUUGGGCAUGAUUCGUCAACGCUGGUCAACGGUGGAGCGGUCCUGGCGGCUGCUUUACAGAAGAAAAUGAACAGAAAACGGAAAGCUGUCUCCGUUGAUAACGACGUCAGUGUUACUGCAGAAGCAAAUGAUUCCCUAGAUGGUGGUGAGCCCAUAGUAAGUGGGACAGCGACUCCCACAGCACGGCCGCGACAGUCAGGCAGCAUGGUCGCCCAUGGGCAUGACGACGUGGUCACGCGCAUGAAGAACAUAGAAAUGAUUGAGUUGGGCAGACAUAGAAUACGGCCGUGGUACUUCGCACCAUAUCCACAGGAAAUGGUCAACUUACCUUGUAUCUAUAUUUGUGAAUUCUGUUUGAAAUAUAGGAAGAGUAAAAAGUGUUUGGAACGACACCUUAUCAAGUGCAAGCUAAAAUAUCCGCCUGGAAAUGAAAUAUACAGACGAGGCAGUAUAUCAUUUUUCGAAAUUGACGGUAGAAAGAACAAAACGUAUGCGCAGAACCUUUGCCUAUUGGCUAAACUGUUUCUCGAUCACAAGACUUUGUAUUAUGACACGGAUCCGUUUCUAUUUUACGUCAUGACAGAUUUCGAUUCAAGAGGUUUCCAUAUAGUCGGAUAUUUUUCAAAGGAAAAGGAAAGUACAGAAGAUUACAACGUUGCGUGUAUAUUAACACUACCCCCGUACCAGAGGAAGGGUUACGGAACGUUACUUAUUGAAUUUAGUUACGAAUUGUCAAAGUUCGAAGGGAAAACUGGUUCCCCCGAGAAGCCAUUGUCUGAUCUCGGUCUGCUCUCGUACAGAAGUUAUUGGGCGCAGACCAUCCUUGAUAUACUUAUAAGUAUCAAACCAGUGGGGGACAAUGAAAAACCCCUUAUCACUAUCAACGAAAUAUGCGAGCUCACUAGUAUCAAAAAAGAGGACGUUAUAAGUACUCUGCAGAAUUUGAACCUUAUCAACUAUUAUAAGGGGCAGUAUAUUAUAUCAGUAAAUCAGGAUACAAUACAACAACACCAGAAAGCGAUGGAAAAGAAACUAUUACGGAUAGAUCCAAAAUGUUUGCAUUGGACUCCGAAAGACUGGUCGAAGCGUGCUAAAUGUGUUUGA